UUCAGUAUUCAGGUAUUACUAAGCAUUCAAUUAAUUCAGUCCGCAUUCCAACUGCUGAGCAUUGAUAACGAUGAUAUUGGAUUAGCUGCUCCUAUUUGGAGAUAACUAAAAUCGACAGUUCUGUCGUACAACUGUGGUACAGCCGUGAUUGGUCGUGUUUUUCAAUUUCACUAGUUGUAAAAUCUGUGAUUUACAACUGGCCGAAUUAAAGUGAAUUUGCAGGGGGUUCAAUUUAUGAAGACAUGAUAAAUGUCGGAAAGUGAAGAAUCGGAAAUAUCUAACGUAGAUGUGCAUAGUGCUGGCGUUUCCGUAUCGCGUGACACGGGCACCAAAGUCGACCUCAUCCUCAGAAUCGGUGGCUUACGGAAGCGACGCAGUUUUUUUUCAUCUCUUGUAAGUACCUUCAAGAAACCAUCUGAUCCUUCGAAAAUGUGUUCUAAUGCUACAUUUACUAUGUUCAAUUUAACAACUUCAUCGCUACAUUUUUCCAUUGAUGUACAAACAGAUCGGCGAGGGAAACAGAAAAAAGGCAAUACGAACCGUAUAAAUACUUAUACGUGUUUCAUUCGGAAAUUUCCAAGCAGUGUGAAUCCUGAUUCGGCGGAGUUUGAGAUAAUGGAACCAGCGAGUGGGAAUUGCUUUAUUUUAUUGAGUCUAAUGAAAAUUGACAAUUUGGCAACGAACUGGAAAGAAUUUCAAGACACCAAUGGAACUAUAGACGUAUCUUCUCUUUGACUUUUUUUUGAUUUUGAAAUUCAUUCAUUGCAUAGGUUUAUUAUUCAGUGAUUGCCCACACUUAAUCUGUAAUGAGCAGUUUUAUUGUGUGUUGUACAAAUUUAGGCCAGAACCACGGCCACAUAUUAAAAAGCAUUUUCGAAGCUUGACGGUUUUUUGGUUUUCCCACUGGAAAUUUUGUUGUAGGAAAUGAAACUCGAUCUGAAUUAAGCUAUAAAGUCUCUGAUUGCAGUCUGCCAAUACGCAAUGUACGGUCUACUAACACUUUUUGAGUAUUUUGACCUGCAUCCAGAUUAUAUAACCUUGAGUUUUCCAGCUUUUGUGAUAUGUAGCACAGCGUUUACUUUUAUCAAUUUGAUCUGUCCC